AUGUUCUCUUCUAGAUUUAGCUGUUCCAGCUGUAAGGCAAAAUCAAUCAUGCUGUUAUUGAUAAGAUCGCUGGCUGUGCUAUUAGUGUCGUUUAUGAGGCCCUGCUCUAUUUGGAUGUUUGUGAAGUGCGCAUCUGAAGAGAGGUGGUCGAAGUAUCCUGACAUGUGUGUGUGUGUGUGUUUGUGUGUGUGUGUGUGUUUUGUUUUCGCUUUAUUAUUUAUUUUAUUAAUCUGUUAUCUUGCAAGUGACAGUGAUUCAAAAAUAGCUAGAUCACUAAAAGAUAUUGAAUAUGAUAUCAUCACUCGCACAUGCACGACUUUUUGCAAAGCGGGGGAAGCAAGAACCGGUGCGGGAGAGCCACAAACACGUUGUGGCUCUCCCAUUUCCGCACAUCCCUCCACCAAGGGCCACACGAACAGCGUGUCCAACACGUCGCGCAAGAAGCCUAAGCAUAGCACUAAGCCAUUCAUCCUCACCUCGCCGAAGAUGACACAUCCUGCUCUUACAGAUGAUCGAUCACGGCCCACCACAAAAAGUUCCUAG